CGGCUGGAGGGGGUCCCGGCCCGGCUGCCCCCGCUAUGGCCACGUCCCCGUGCAGCAGCAGCGGCGUCUCCUCGUCGUCCUCGUCGGGGCUGGGCGCGGACGCGGGGCUGGAGAUCCGCACGCGCUCCGUGGAGCAGACGCUGGUGCCGCUGGUGUCGCAGAUAACUACUCUUAUUAAUCACAAGGAUAAACCAAAGCGCUCCGACAAGACUCUGCAAGCAAUCCAGCGAGUGGGCCAAGCCGUUAACCUGGCAGUCGGGAGGUUUGUUACUGUGGGUGAAGCCAUAGCCAACGAAAACCAUGAAUUAAAGGAGGAAAUGAGCGUUGCUUGCAUCGAGGCAAGGAGAGCAGGUGAAACAAUUGCACAACUUACAGAUGUGGCAAGCUUGGAUCAUCCAGAAUCUGAUAGCCACAUAACAAUCUUUACGGACAAAACGGGUGUUGUAAAAGCUGCAAGGAUGUUGCUUUCUUCUGUCACAAAGGUGCUGGUGUUAGCAGACAGAAUUGUUAUUAAGCAAAUUAUAACUUCCAGGAAUAAGGUUCUUGCAACAAUGGACCAACUAGAAAAAGUCAGUAGCUUCCAGGAGUUUGUACAAAUAUUCAGCCAGUUUGGAAAUGAAAUGGUGGAGUUUGCCCAUUUGACUGGAGAUCGGCAAAAUGAUUUGAAGGAUGAGAAGAAAAAGGCUAGAAUGGCAGCAUCUAGGGCUGUUCUUGAGAAGUGCACUAUGAUGCUCCUGACUGCUUCAAAGACUUGUCUGAGGCAUCCAGACUGUGAAUCUGCUCGUAUUAACAAAGAUGGAGUUUUUCAUCGGAUGAGACUAGCUUUGGAACAGGUAAUCGAAAUUGUAACUGACUCUAGACCAAAUGGAGAAAAUGAAAUGGCCCCCAUCAGCAUAUAUUCUGGCAUCAAAGAAUUCAAGAAUAAGGUGGAAGGUCUCCGUGAGAAUCUUUAUUUUCUCUCAAAAGAGAACCUUUCAACAAUGCUGGAAGUUAUCCUGGAGCAUACAGAAGACUUCACAGACUCUGCCUAUACCAGUCAUGAGCACAGAGAACACAUUUUGGAGCUGUCUAAACAGGCUAAAAUGGAACUAGAGCAGCUGGUUUCAGUGUGGAUGCAAGCUCAAAACCAAAAGACAAAGGAUCUCAUGGAAGACUUGGAAGUAGCCAUUUUAAAAAUGUGCCAGUGCAUGAAUGAUCUUAAAAGAGAGGUCCACAGUGCAGCAACAUCUCUGGCAGCAGAUCUUCUGAAAUACCAUACGGAUCAUAUGGUUCUCAAAGCAUUAAAAAUCACAGGAGUAGAAGGAAAUCUUGAAGCUGUAGCAGAAUAUACUUGCAAACUAUCAGAGCAGAAAGAACAGCUUGUUGAGAUGUGUCGCUUAUUGAGACAUGUGUCUGGAACUGAGCCCCUUGAGAUUACUUGCAUACAUGCAGAAGAUACCUUUCAGGUCACUGGCCCACAGAUAAUUUCUGCUGCAGAAACCCUGGCAUUACAUCCAUCUAGCAAAAUCGCAAAAGAAAAUCUUGAGGUGUUCUGCGAGGCCUGGGAGUCUCAACUGAGUGACAUGUCUUUGUUGUUAAGAGAAAUCAAUGACGUGUUUGAAGGAAGAAGAGGAGAGAAGCGUGUCUACCUAUCACUGCCGAGACCAGGGAAGCAUAAUGCAAAUCUGAAAGCAUUAAAGCCAGUCAAACUAGAUACUGAGGAACAGGCGAAAAUUGCAAAACUUGGAUUAGAAUUGCAUCUGCUAACAUCUGAUGUGGAUUCUGAGACAGAGAAAUGGGAGGAUCAGGAGAAUGAGAUUGUGCAACAUGGGCAAGGCAUGUCAAGUAUGGCCUACUCCAUGUAUUUAUUUACCAGAGGAGAAGGACUUCUGAAAACUACUCAAGAUUUAUUUCAUCAGGCAGAGAUUUUUGCCACAGAGGGCACAAAGCUUGCUUCAGCUCUUCAUGCUCUUUCUGAUCAGGUACAUGACAACAAGCCUUUGCUUCUGUUGGAGGCUGAAAAACUCAACUCUAUGUGCAAGCAGCUCCAGAUAACAGCUAAAGCUUCUGCUCAGGGUAAAAGUGCUACAUUUACAAAGGUUGAUGCAUGCAUUCUGAAAACAAGGAAUGUGAUGACUCUGUUAUGUCAACUUCUUCCACUUUGCUGCAAAUUACUGAGAAAGAACAAAGCAGGAAAUGGUUGUCUUAAGCCUGCUCCACCAUGGAAAGAAGACAGAAUACGAACUGGCACAAAUGCACGUACUCCAGAAAGAAGAGUGGACACAUUUGGCAUCAAGUCUUUAGAAAAUCAUGUAACAAACAUGACGUUUUUAGAGAGCAAGUAAUCAUAGCACUGAGAAAUGCAGAAACUCCCAUUUGAGAAUAACACUUGCUGAAGUUUCAAUACUGCUUUCUUUUGUGGAAAGUCAAGCCAGGUUAAUUUGAUAUAACUGUUGACCUUUGUCACAUCUAAUAGAUGUCCCGUUACUUCGCCAUUAAAACACCAGCUAGCUGAAAUGCUCUGUAUUUUUAUAAUGUGAAUGCCUUUCCUAUGCUCACUAUUGAUACCGAUUUUGUAAUUAAUGCUUAUGAAUGUCUUACUGGAUGUGUCAACCCAAAGAUGCUGCUAAUAGACAUUUGAUGUAAAGACCCCUGUGCUGCAUUGCUGUAUGUAACACUACUGUUGAAGUCUGUAAACUCCUCUCUGGCCUAUUUCAGUCUAUGUAUGUGAUAAAGCAGAAUCAGGAAUAUAGUCUGAAAGGCUGUGGCCUGAAGCACUGAAAUCUUACCUUAGUUACAAGUUAUACCUGCAAUGAAGUAGUGCUAGGGAAAAAAAAAAACCCUCUUUCAAUAGCUGCACCCCUACAUUUUAAUCUUGACACGAUUCAUCUCUACAAAAAGUAUAUUUCUAAGUGAUUAAUAGCCUCAACCCAAACCCUUUUUCUUUCACCCUAUUUGUAGAUGGCAGUUGUUGCUUCCUUUUUUAUUUAAACUUACUGAGCAGAAUUGGAGUUGCCUGUAGAACCACUGAAGUAUUAUGCAGAUGUGACAUUAUGCCAUUUAAAAUUGAAGAAAAGAGAUAGUGAUUAUUACAAAAUUCUGUACAAAGGGCAUUAUUUGACUUCAGGAUACUACGAAAGUACAACUUGGUCUGAAAUAUGUAUUUUGAAUUUUAUCUGCUCUUUGUACAUAGGCUUUUGUUGCAUUUUUAUUUUCCAUUCACCUGUGUCAAACUCCAUAUUGUAUUAGUUUAGCUAAAUUACAUGAUAGCUAAAUGCUAUGAUUUUUCUGUAUGUACUAUGCUUGCAUUAAGCAGAAGCAAAGCUGAUUGUGGAACAUAAAUGAUCUCCAACAUGUCAUUCUGAGCUUAUUUAAAAACCUGUAGUCCUAGAAUUCAGGAAAAAGAAAAAAAUUACAGCAAGUUUUUACAAUAAUUUUAAUAUAUAAACUAUUUGAACUGGUUUAUUCUUUUAUGAAUCAAAGAAUUUAGUUCCAAUUUUAAAAACUGGCACUGGGCCUUUUCAAUACUAUAAAACUCAGUGUACAAUAAAAGUCACUUAUUUAGUAUCAAACACAGGCAGGAAGUGUAGAAUUGAUUUCAUGAAGCAGAACUGCGGCGUUUCAGCAAAACUUCCUCGUACUCCUUCUGUGUCAGAAGUCCCUGAGUUAUACUCUUGCUUUCUUCAAAUUUGGGUAGAACCACUGCAAUGUACCCCUCCGUUGAUGGCUAAAAAGCAAGACUGAAGUUAGCAGUGAAAUAAAAGCUGAAAAAUAAAGAACAAGAACAUGUCUUACCUUUUCUUGCAGAAGAGCAGGAUUACUAAGGAUGUUCUCAUUCACUUCAAUCAGUCGCCCUCGUAUGCAACUGCAAAAGUGUUCAGAUUCUGUAGAUGUGUGUGGUAUGACAAGGUGAGAAAAAAAAUGGGAAAAACCUUACCUGUAAAUGGUGUAUUCCUCUCCAUCUGAUGAAGAUAUCCUGCACAGAGGGGCAAGUUCUGUUAAAAACUGAGCUCCCUGUAUUUGGAAAAUAAAUAAACAUGUCUUAGUUUUAAUUACA